AUGGGAGGUACAGAUGAGAGAAUGACGGAAGAAGAAUUGGAAGGCGUUGCUCAUAUUGCAAUAAGCAGUGACAGACUUAAUUUUCCCUCGGAACAUAUUAAAGAUCAAACAAUAGUAGAAAAAGUUUUAAGAAGUUUACCUUCUAAAUUUAAUCAUGUUGUUGCUGCUAUUGAGGAGUCCAAAAAUCUUUCUACUUAUUCUCUUAAUGAGCUGAUGGGUUCACUUUUUGUACAUGAAGAGAGGAUGAACAGAGAUAGAGCAAAAGGUAGAGGUGGCUAUCGAGGUAAUGGUAGAGGUCGAGGAAGAUCAUAUUUCAGUUACCAAGAAACUGAAAAUGGUGACAAAGGCAAUCAGAGGCCAAGUUAUAAGGGUAAGCAGUGUUAUUUUUGCAAGAAGAUGGGGCACAUAGAGGCGAAUUGUUGGAGAAAGGCAAAGCAACAAGCAAAUUUUGUUGAAGAAAAAGAAGAUGAAGGUAACUUGUUUUUGACUUGUAUGAAUCCAAAGGAGAUUAACUGUGAUCUUUGGUUUCUAGAUAGUGGAUGUAGUAACCACAUGACAGGAAUUAAAAGCCUUUUUCAAAAUAUUGAUGAAUCAGUGAAGUUGCAAGUUCACCUCGGAAAUGACAAGCAAGUGCAAAUUGAAGGCAAAGGAACAGUAGCAGUGAAAACCAAGUCAGGUAUCGAAAGGGGAGGAGAAUUUUUAUCUGAUGAGUUUACAUUAUUCUAUAAGCAAAAUGGGAUCAAGAGGCAGCUAACUGUGAGAAGAACACCAGAGCAAAAUGGAGUUGCUGAAAGGAAGAAUCGAACGGUAGUAGAGAUGGCAAAGAAUAUGUUGAGUGAGAAAAAGCUUUCAAAUGAUUUUUGGGUUGAAGCAGUUGCUACAUCAGUUUAUCUUCUCAAUAUCUCACCAACAAAAGCAGUGCAUAAUAUAACUCCUUAUGAAGCGUGGUGGAAUCGCAAACCCAAUGUAAGUGCUUUGAAGAUUUUUGGAUGUAUUGCUUAUGCCAUGUUAACUAUUAAUGAUCGAACGAAGAUGGACAAGAAGAGUGAGAAAUGCAUUUUUGUUGGGUAUAGUGAUGAGACAAAAGGAUAUAGGUUGUAUAAUCCUAUUACUAAAAAGCUAAUCAUUUGA